AUGAUAGAACCUUUCUUGAGGGAAAAGAAGCACCAACUUGAUACCGACGAAGGUGCCCGGGAACUUUUAUGGAAUGAGUCAAUCAUGGGGAAUGAUGUGGUGGUUGGGGAGGUGUGUCUUGAACGGGUUCAUCAUUUGAAGGGGAAGGAUGUUCGGGUGAGAAAUGUCGGUACUAGAAAGGGAAGAGCAAAUGGGAAGGCUUAUUUGAUAAAUGGCCAAGGCGUUAAUGCCAAAGCCUCGAGGUCGAAGAGAAUGAUCAUUACAGCGCUUCCAUUAUUGAAGUUCCAUGAUGGAAGUCUCUUAUGGCUGUUUGAUGGUACCAUUAACAAAACCUACCUUGUUCUUGAUAUUGAGAGCCAUGAGCAUUGCAUGACUCCGAGUACUAUAAUUCUCUCCAUUCGGUUGCUAUGUGACAAGCACAAGGCCGAGUUGGUUUGA